AUGGAGAGUAAACAGGGAAAUAACGAAUUGCCUCUUAAAAAGCAACAAAAACAUGAUGAUAAUGGAAGAAUAGGACCCAAAUUAAUCGUUAAACAAACUGGUACAACCUACCGUGCAUCAUUCCAAACUGACGACAAAGAGUUCAACAAUGACAUACUUGGCACUAAAAGACUUUAUUAUAAUCUAGCUGACGUAAGGUUAGUGUUAACCCUGGACGAAUUGCAAUGUGGACCUGAAUAUAAUCAAAACAACUAUUUAAACAAACAGGUGGCGACUUGUAAAACUACCCAGUGUAGACGGGGGAUAAACAAAAGACCUUCUAAACAGCAGCGGAAGGAAAACGAAAAUAAUAAAAUCAUAGCUCUAAAGGUACUGAUAGAUGGUACGGACGAACCAGAGAAGAUUUGGCCAGCAUGUGUAUUGCACAAGGUCCAACAAAGCCUAGGUAAAGUCCCAAAGUUCGGAUGGCAACACAUCCACGAAGCCUAUAAGGCAAGAUUUUCUAAUGAUAUAGACUUGGAAAAACUCCAAGAUCUGGCUAGGAAAGGAUUAAGAAAUAACUUACACUUAAAACUACCCUCUGAUGAAGAGCUCAUGCUGCGAGCCGAUGAACUCCCGGAGAACUCUCUAAAGGAGCUACGUAGGAAAAUAAACAUCAAAGAGGAUAUAAAUAGAAAGCUGGUCCUAAUGGAACAAUAUGAAAUCGAGGAGGCCGAAAGGACUUACAAGAUUUACUCACAGAGAUUCCAGGAAACAACAUUUCAGUACAUCCUGGACGAGUUAGGAUCCUACUUACUAGAAAUCUCAAAUCAACCAAGAGACUUCUCAGAAGCCACAAGAAUAUGGCAAGCGGUACAGCUGUCAUAUCACCACGUAACAUACAAGGAAUGGGAACCCUCCAAUUGGAAGGAAAACAUGGAAUUUAAGAUAGCAGGAUUUAAAUACACUAAGGACCUGAUUGACAGAGAUGAACUGUACGACUUGUCGAAACAAGAACGCGGUCGGGCUAUACAAUACAUGAAGAACAGAGGGAAGAUUCUGGAAAACCCACAACACCGACUGGAAGAAAAAGUAGUCUUGGACGAGAAAAUACUAAUAUACCAGACAAGAAUAGACAGGAGCGUAGAGAGGAUACAAUUCAACAAGGACAACAGUAACUUCGAGAAGAACACGAGAAAAUUCUUCAGAAACCUACUGAACCAAGGAAACUCUCAAGACCAUCCGUCUCCAGUGGAAAUGGAAGGACACUGGUCCCCUACGUGGGACGCCAGACCUACAAAUCCAGAAAAGUUUGAAAGGUAUUUAUAUCUCAACCCUACAGUAGUAAGGGAAGAGAAAGACUUCAUCUCCGAAGAAGAAUUUUAUGAGAUCAUCAAAGGACUCCCAGACUGGAAAGCAUGUGGAGUUGAUGGAGUAUACAACUUCUUCAUUAAAAGAACAAGACGUCUGUACCUCCUCUUCUAUGAACUAACAAAACACGCAUGCACGGGACCCCAUAAGCCGUCUGGAUUGUUUAGGAAGAGAAUAACACUGGAAGAGCUCCUUGGAAUGUUCAUGAAAGCUUAG